ACGUUAACAAGAGACCCCCCAGAUCACAAUGUCAUUCAGUUAGACUACGAGUACUCGAGUACGGGUACAGUAGAUCUCAAAUACAGCCAAGGCUGAAACCGUGAUCGGAGCACCGGAUGGGUGGUUCCGCUCGACAUCCCAUCAACAUUGUCACCCUCGCUUUUCUGCUUCCCCUCCAAUAAUCAUUACUACGCCCAGUGUAUAUUUCCUACCAGACACAGAACUAUACUCGAGCACAGUACUCGUACACUUACGUCCCAGAUCGCCCACUGCUAGGGCCGGCAUCCUUCCCACUCCCCCCCCUUUCCCGUUUCACAAAAUGUCACCCAAUCUACUCCCUCCCCUCCCUCACCUCCCCUCUCCUUGCUCUUCUUCUUGCUACGGUAUUGUGCCCUCUCCUCGCAUUCGUAAAUAACCUCCAUCAAGUUUCUGUAGGGAUAGAGACCACUAUGCCUUUCCCAUCCGUCCAUCCCAUACCCAUCACUAUAUACUGGCGCAGGUCCCCUCCUGUCCCAAGGGUCUUCAGGGUUCUCCGGCUUAACACCGAGAUCAAAUUCGUAACCUCCUCCCGCUUUCCGACAGGGGAUUAGCAGGACGUCACUUGUGUCCAGUCUUUUCUCGCUUUCGACAAAACCUCCCAUCUAGUUCAGACUAGCACUUGGACCCUGACUUCCUUCGCCCCUGCCUGCCUCCGCUAACCUGCCUAUUGGCCUUUUCCGGUACCGAUCCGAGUAACCAUCGAUCCUGUGCUCACCCCCGUCAGAUUCACCCCCCCCCGUCACAUAAUCAUUGCGCUCUGCGACAUUCUCCUACUCAUACUAUUGUUGCUGCUGCCUUGACCUUCCGGUCUUGAUAUAGGCCUCAAGGUACACGACUGAUAAAAAAAAAAAAAACUCCCCUUUGUGAGCUCAUUUCAACCUUUCCACCCCAUCCCACUAUCAGCAAUGGCUACUACGGACUCUCAAGCACCGCAGCGAAAACGCAAGAGAGCUAGGACCGUUAUUUCUUGUACCGAAUGCCAUCGAAGAAAGCAAAAGUGUGAUAGACAACAACCAUGUGGAAAUUGUACCCUUAGAUCGGCUUCGCACUUGUGCCAUUACGAGAGUAAACCGAAUGCUGCGAAUAACAGCACCAAUAACAUCAGUCCGAACUCACCGAUCAGUCCCAAUGACUCGAAUAGAAGUUUGAAAGGCGGGUCUCCCGAUUCCACCGGGGAGUUAUCACUGGCCCAGGUGAAGGACAGCACGGGUGGAUUCGGCUACAUCAGGGGGAGCGGACACACCGCGCUGAACGUCCUCGAGAAGCUUGAUCUCGAAGGUGGCAACUGGGCAAAGCCGAACAUGGAACUUGUUGAGAUCUCGGAAUGUGUGGAGCUCCACGCGUACACAAAACACAUUCGCCAGAUCCCUCCUCGACCAUAUACCCAGCUACUUGUAAAAGUAUUUUUUUCUGAGUGUAAUUGGAUUUACGGGACACUUCACGAGGCGACGUUUAUGGCGCACCUGUAUGAGUGGUUUGAGAUUUGUGCGGCAAAAGAUUCCCCGCACUCGCCUGUCAAAAAGAAGAUUUUGUCGCAGUUCCCAGCCUUGUUGCUACAGGUGCUUGCUAUUGCCCUGCAAAUGCUCCCGAAGGAGCACUACAAAUUCAUGGGGCAGCUCAACCUGGGAAAAGAAAAUUUUUACACGCUCAGCGCUACCUACAGUGGUACCGCCUGCGAACUUGCUGGCUUGAUUUCGGCGAGCAGUCCCACGCUUCCCAGGGUCCAGCAGUGGUUUCUGAGGAGCUCAUGGCUCAAGAGUGAGGGGAGGGCGGUUGAGGCGUGGCACGCGCUCGGACAGGCAAUCAGGGAGGCGCAGGAAAUGGGAUUGCAUAGGGAGCAGCCACGAAAAUCACCAAACAGCCAAGAAAAUAUUGCGUGCAUUUGGAACAGAGAGAUGGAAAAAAGAGUUUGGAUUAAUCUUUACGUAUGGGAUCGAUUUAUGGCAAUGAUUCUUGGUCGACCAACAAUGAUCAACGACCGCCAUUGCAACGUCACACCACCUCUAGACUGCGAGUUACCUUCAGACCUGACUAAACCCCCAGUCCCAAGGGGUCCACUUGACCCACCUACUCCGUUCACGGAGAGACUCCUGGAUUACCAGCUUGCCAAUAUCGUCAACGAGAUCGACGAAAUGGAGGUUAAGUUGGACAAACCUCUUAACCUCGAUUUCUCGUCGAUCGAUUUGAUGCACUCGAAGAUCCUAUCUUUCACGGAGUUCUUCCCACCAGCACUUGCGAUCCAGAACCGAGACACAUCCUACGACAAUCACCAUCCGUUCCUCGCUGCUCAAACCGAGCUCCUCAAGGCCUCAGCUUUCUGUCUUAUUGUUGGUCUUCACAGACCAUUCGUGUUUACCCGGGAUCGAUCCAAGCAGGAGCUUGUGAAGGCGUCACUCGUGAUACUGGAUUCGCAGACUCGCGUUUUCCAAAUGACGAAGGAGCACCACCACACCAUCUAUACUCUGUGCUUUUUUACGUUUGACCCGGCAGUUUUGGUUGCUGCGGUGAUAAUCACUUCGCCAGCGUCACUCGACCCUGAGAUCCUCGAUGCAUGCAUGGAGGCCCUGCGCGAGGGCCAAAAACGCCUGGAAAUCCUCGGCCAACGCAUAAAACUUGCCGAGAAGGGAGCCGCAGUGCUCAGGGUUUUGAUAUCCAAGGCCGAGUCGGCAAUCACUAGUGUGCAGCGAAUCGACGGCAUGAUGAACCGAACGAGAAUCUCGUCCCAGUCAUCAACAACUCAAUCAGACACCGACACAUCCUCGAAUUCUCCAUUCUCAACAGCCUGUGCGCAGUCACACUCAUCGCCCGCUUCCUCCGUAUCGUUUCCCGAAUCCUUGUCACACUCUCCUACGAUGAUACCCAGUCAGAUUAGGCUCCAUCCGGGGGACAACACAAUGUGCAAGCCCGAGCUCAUGAGCGACUUUGAUUGGGCCACAUACACGAAUGCAGUAGUACCCCACAGAGAUCUCAUGUCGAUGGACCUUGAGGAGUUCUUCGCUAUGCCGGACAUGGUCGCAGGAAAUAUGGACCAGCAGCAGGCGCACCACAACCAGCAGCAAGAUAUGUACUAUGGCGGAGGCUGUGCUGUGGAGGAACAGCAGAUCAUGGGUAGCCCAGUAGGGGGGAUUCAGGGAGACGGGUUUUGGCAGAAUUUGUUGAAUGUUCAAUUUCAAUGACAGUCAUUCGUUUUUAGAUAUCUCUUUUCCUUCCUUGCGUUAUAAAAUGCUUUUUUUCCUUUUGCGUUUUUUGUUUAUUACCUGUUUGUUUAUUAUUACUCUUUACUUUUUUUCUUCUCUCUCUUCUACUGCCUACGAGUAAGGCGUAGCUUAGCUUUGGCGGCUUGUUAGUAGGCGGUGGACGGAUUGGAAAGAGUUUUAUUUCCCCGUUUU